AUGAUGGUUGAAAAUGAAGUAUCACCAGAAACAAAGUUACAGACACAAGAUUAUGUAGAUGGGGCUCCUCAAAUUGAUUCAUUUUAUAACAAAGAAGGUUUACUAAUUAGGACAUAUUCUUGGAUAGUUAAGAAUGCAAUAGGUAUUUUGAUAUUGAUUCAUGGUUUGAAUUCUCAUAUGAGAUUACAAUAUUUAAGACAGAAUGCUGAAAUAGUGAGUAAUGAUAAAGCUAUAUUAAAAGAUGAAAAUAAUUAUUAUGUAUAUAAAGACAGUUGGAUAGAGAAUUUAAAUAAUAAUGGAUAUUCAGUAUAUGGAUUGGAUUUACAAGGUCAUGGAGAAUCUGAAGGAUGGGAAAAUUUAAAAACUAAUAUAAAAGAAUUUGAUGAUUUAGUAUAUGAUGUUAUACAAUAUUUGAAUAAAAUUCAAGAUAUAGUAUGUUUAGAAAGUGGUGAAUAUUGUAGAAUAAGAGAAGAAGAAAAUAUGAUGAUGGAAUCCUAUGUGAACAGAGAAAAAAAGAUACCAAUAUAUAUCAUGGGAAUAUCAAUGGGUGGAAAUAUUGUUUUAAGGCUAUUAGAAUUAUUAGGUAAAUCAAAAGAUCUUAAUAAUAAUUUACAUAUUAAUGGAUGUAUUACAUUAUCAAGUAUGAUAUCAAUUGAUAAGUUAGUUUCAACAAAUUCUUUUAAAUAUAAGCAUAUAUAUUUACCUUUGACCAAAUUUUUAUCAACUCAUUUUCCGAAAAGAAGACUUAUAAAAAGAUUUAAAUUUUCAAAACAUCCUUAUGUAAAUGAUCUUAUAUUAUUUGAUAAAAUCAGAUUUCACAAAUGGAUAACAUGUAGAUUUGGAUAUGAAAUAAUAAAAGCUAUCGAUAAUUUAAAAAUAGAUAUGGAAUAUAUACCAAGGGAUAUUCCUAUAUUAUUUAUUCAUUCUAAAGAUGAUUGUGUCUGCUACUAUACAGGAGUAGAAAACUUUUAUAGGGAAAUGAUUAAUUAUCGUAAGGAAUUCAUUACCUUAUAUGAUAUGGAUCACAUGAUAACAAUGGAACCUGGAAACGAGUAUGUUAUAGGUAAAAUAAUUGAAUGGCUUUUAAAAUUGUAA